AUGUCACAUACUUCAAGGCCUAUGCCAAGAAGGUCAAGGCAUACUUAGAAGCCAACAAACCUAAUAGAGUUGCUUCAUUCUAAAAGGGUGCUGGUGAAUUCAUCAAAUGGGUUUCUGCUAACUUCAACGAUCUCUAAUUCUACUGUUCCCUGA